AUGUUCCAACGAGACAGCGAAGAAGAGGACAACGAUGACCGCGUCUUCGUGCUCGGAGAAGGUGUAAACCGUUUCAUGCCACAGUGGGAUGAACAGAUUCUCGGUCCUGCAAACAAAUUUCGCAUCAAGACAGACUACAACAUGCCUCCGAAGCCAGAGGAACUACAAGUCGCGGCUCUGCUGGCCUGCUCUCAAUGCGAACUGACCUGGCUUGUCGGCAAAGCGGGUCAGAGUGCUGGUGCCGGUCACCCAUCCCACCAUACCUUGUAUCACGAGUACGCAGGAACAAGUCGAUCGCUUGUUGUCCGUACCGAUGGCGCCUGUAUCAACAACGGCCAGCCACGUGCGGAAGCCGGCGUCGGUGUCUAUUUCGCUCCCAACUCACGGUACAACGUCUCGAGCCCACUCGAAGAUUCAUGUGCCCCGACAAACCAACGGGCUGAGCUCCAUGCCCUUCUUCGAGCCAUGCUGGUGGUCCGCAAGGACAUCGUCCCCACACGAUCGAUUCUCGUCAACCGCAACCGCGACAAAAAGCACUUCCGGCUUGUCCUCGUCACGGAUUCAAGCUACGCCGUCGAAUGUAUGUGUAAGCACUGGAAAGGUUGGAAAGUGGUUGACGGACGGAAGGUGUUGAAGAACCAGAAGGGAAAGCACAUCGCCAACUCAGACGUGCUUCUUGCUAUCCAGGAUGAGGUCGAAGAGCUCUCACGAGUCGGUGUGCAGGUCGCGUACUACCAUGUGCGCCGGGAAUUCAACAGAGAAGCUGACGCGCUCGCGAAGGCUGGUGUGUCUAGAGAAGUUGAGGUUGAGGGAAAGCCUUUGCAUAUUGGUGUCAUGAUGAUCGACUGA